CACGUCACAACGUCGAGAACUACAGAUCUUUCGGCAAAAGGGUUUCCCUGAAGUGAUAUGAACUAAACCGAAACUACCCCCGCGGAAAUAGGAUCUUGUGACAAGGGAACUGUGUGCAGCAGCACCCCGCUUUUUUCCCCCCCUCCGACAAUGGCAGGCGGCUUCGCUUUUUCUUUCUCUGGUGACGAUAUAGAGAACACCGGCAGCACCGAGCAAGGGGUGCCUACUCGGGCAGUACCCCUGCCUCCAGCAGAGAAGGCCACUGCAGACAAGGGGGCAUUUCCAGUUGAGGGUAAACCACAGCUGCCAGCGGAGCAUCACGAUGUUGCCCACAUGCUCUCGCGUCUGCCGUCAAAGAUUGUAUACAGUCUUCUAGACAUCGACCUCGGACAAGGGAAGAGGAUCCAGCUGCCAAGGCGGGAAUUAUUCGACGUUCGCGUCCAACUGGCGGCAGAGGACGACGAGCUGGGGACUGGUGGCGAGGACGACACGGGAUUGGGAAAACAUGAUGUCCGCAGUGGCAUAUACGAGGGCGGCUUCAAAAGCUGGGAGAGUAGCGUUGAUCUGGUCAAGGUGCUUUCUCAAGAUGCGCAUUCACCUAUCCUGGCACUGAAUAAUGGACCGCUGCGAAUGAUUGAGCUUGGGUGCGGGACUGCUCUGCCGUCUCUUGCCGUCUUUCAAUGGGCAGCCGAGACUGGAGCCGUGCCAGAGAAGUUUCCGCUGUCACUGACCAUGGCGGACUACAACCCGUCCGUGCUAUAUCUUGUUACACUGCCGAAUUUCGUGCUCACUUGGGCACUUAGUCAACAAGCACAUAGCACACUUGUGCAAGAUGCGCUCUCCUCCGAGGGGCAAGAGGGCGAGCUUGAGCUCAGCGAAGAGGUGAAGGCUGCCUUCCAGUCCUUCCUGGAGAAAUCAAAAAUCAAUUUGUCCUUUGUCUCGGGCGGCUGGUCACCAGCGCUCGUCGAGCUCCUCUACAGCGAUAAGUUUGUUCCACCAGAGGCCGCCGAGCAUUCAAAUCCCAGCACGCUUGUAAUUGGCGCCGAGACCAUAUACUCCCCAUUUGCGCUUGGCGCAUUCGCCGAGACUCUCCUGGAAGUGCUGCGGAGGGAGCAGGCGAGAGGGAAGGCGACAAGUAUAGUGGCGGCUAAAAGAUUGUACUUUGGUGUUGGAGGGUCAUUAGACGACUUUGUGGACAGGAUGACGGCAUCUGGCACGACGGUCAACUGGGUGGCCGAGGAGACGGAAGGCGUGCGCCGGGGAGUUGUGCAGUGUUCGCUACCGUAAGAGCCGAAUCGGAGCUGGCGGUUAACGGUGGCAAAAAUAUUGGGGUGUGCGAGCUUGGAACAGUCUUGGUGGUCUAAUACCUCCCAGCUCGGCAAGCUUCGGUCCUUGUCUGGUUGAUACUACAUUAUGGGGUAAACGAUUGUGCUUUCUUGGCUCACUUAAACCCAGUACGAAGUACAAUAAAAAUUCGAACCAGUCUUGC